AUGGUUUGGGCUUAUUCUCAUUUAAGGGACCACGAAUCCCCACAAGAAUUCGAAGUACUUGGUGCUUUCGAAAGAUCUGGACCAGGUAGUUGUCGCUUGCCAGGGGACUCAGAUACGCCAGACGAGUUCUGGCAAAUGCUUGCUGAAGAACGCUCUGGACUUUCGAGGCCGCCCUUAUCACGCUGGAAUGCUGAUGGUUUUCAUUCAAAAAAGACUCGACCUGGCUCUUUGACCCCUGAAGGCGGCUACUUUAUUAAUGAGGAUGUUUGGAAAUUCGACCCGUCUUUUUUUGGUAUUGUACAAGAGGAGGCAAAGGCCAUGGAUCCUCAGCAGAGGAAGUUGUUGGAGUGUGUCUAUGAGUCAUUUGAGUCCGGUGGUAUCACCUUAAGCCAACUUUCAGGCUCAAAUACAGGAUGCUACAUUGGAAAUUUCACUGCCGAUUUCCACAUACAAGGCCACCGGGAUCACAACAACCCCAAACCUUAUAGUAUGUUAGGUACCGGUUACAGUAUUAUCAGCAACCGAGUUAGCUAUCUUUUUGAUCUUUGUGGCCCGAGAGCGUUACAGACGAAAGAGAUCAACGCAGCAGUAGUUGGAGGUACAAAUUUGAUGCUCGCCGUAGAAACUCAGAUGAGUACAGCAUCAGUUGGUGUUUUAUCAGCUACAUCUACUUGCCAUACUUUCGACGAAUCGGCCGAUGGCUAUGGUCGUGGUGAAGGUGUUGGUGCCAUUUUCCUCAAGCGUUUAUCUGAUGCCAUACGGGACAAGGAUCCUAUACGUGGCGUAAUCAGAGGCACCGCUACAAAUGCAAAUGGAAAGACUAGUGGUAUCACCCAACCAAGUGCGAGGGGUCAUGAAACUUUAAUGCGCACUGUCUAUGAAUUCGCCGGCUUGGAUCCCAAAGAUACAUCAUAUUUUGAGACCCACGGUACCGGUACUCAAGUUGGCGAUCCAAUAGAGGUGAGGGCUAUUGGAAAUGUAUUUUUCAGCGGUACGGAGAGACAGGAACUCCUUAUCGGAUCGGUAAAAACAAAUGUUGGGCACAGUGAGGCAGCCAGUGCAUUAGCAAGCAUAAUAAAAGUAUGCUUAGCUAUUGAAAAACGCUCGAUACCCGCGACAAUUGGUAUUAAAAAUUUGAACCCCAAAGUUGAUUUCAAGGACGGAAGAAUAAAGGUUGUCCAGAAGAUGACACCCUGGCCGAAAGGAUUCUCUAAGUGCCGUGCAAGUGUAAAUUCUUUUGGUUAUGGGGGAGCUAAUGCCCAUGCAAUUCUCGAAGCGGUCGAUUCCUUCCUCCCUGGAAAGUUAACUCAUGUCCGACGGGGCCGACGCAAUAGUUACGACGGGGAUGAUGAUGAAGAGUCGGAUGAAAUGGUGGGCACCAGCCCCUCCUCACAAACGCGAGCAGUCCCCCGCUCAGAAUUUUUGCUGCUUUUCUCUGCCCAUGAUAUUUCUACGUUGAAAAGAAACAUCGAAAGAUGUCGUGACGUAGCAGAAGAUUAUGAUAUCCUCGAUCUUGCCUACACGCUUGGCUGCCGAAGAUCCGAAUUUUUCAAUUGUGCAUAUGCAGUGGCACGAGAAGAAGAUGUGGAAGAGGAUCUUAUGGAGCAUGAGAUUACUUUUGCAAAAAGGGGAAAGGGUGGGAAGAUUGCCUUCAUUUUCACCGGGCAAGGCGCGCAGAAUGCACAGAUGGGUCGAGAACUCAUGUUGACAUUCCCAUCAUAUAUCGAUACGAUCAGGAGACUUGAUCGAGCACUGCAGUGUUUAGGGGAGGAUUCACCGGAUUGGACUAUUGAGAACGUUUUAAUGGAGCCUGCAGCGACCAGUAAAAUUAAUGAUGUUGAAAUUUCUCAGCCCGUCUGCACAGCUGUUCAAAUCGCCCUGGUUGAGCUUCUUCGCGUUUGGAACGUGAUACCAUCGGCCUGUAUCGGUCAUUCUUCCGGCGAAAUUGCAUCUGCAUAUGCCGCAAAUCUCAUAACAGCAGAAGAAGCUAUUAUAUCCGCAUUCUACCGGGGAUUGGGAGUUGCUACUCUUGAGGUGAAAGGUAGUAUGCUGGCUGUUGGAGCCGGCCCGGAAGAAAUUCAACCUUAUCUUGUCGAGGGUCUUCGCAUUGCGUGCUAUAACUCACCUAACAGUGUUACGUUGAGUGGAGAUAUUGAGCCUGCCACCAUAGUCAAGGAGAAGCUGGAGACUGACAGGCUUUUUGUUCGCGAGUUGAAGACUGGCGGAAGAGCUUAUCAUUCACAUCACAUGUUGAAUAUCGGUAAUGACUAUCAAAAUCGCUUGUCAGUCGCACUUUCCAAUUUCAGCGCGUCCCAAAACACCAACCAGCUUGAAGGCCAAAAUCCCGUCUUUUUCUCCUCUGUCACCGCCGAGAGAGCUUCAUCCAGUUUCAAGCCAGGACCUAGCUAUUGGCGCAAAAAUUUAGAGUCUCCAGUACGUUUCACUGAAGCCGUUGAAGCUGCACUAGCUGCAGAUAUUGGCAUUUCACAACUCGUCGAAAUUGGCCCACAUUCUGCAUUAGCCGGUCCAUUGAGGCAGAUCAGAGACAGCCUAGGCAUAACGCCCAAAGAUGUGGACUACGCUUCCACUCUUGUACGUGGCCAGAGCUCCGUGACUCGUCUCCUGGAUCUUGCUGGAAUUCUUACCAUGAGAGGAUAUCCAGUAAACAUUGAGCGUGUGAACGCUAUUGAGAAACGUGAUGGCGACGCUAUUAUUACCAAAACUGGUUUGCCCAUUGUUGAUCUUCCCAGAUACUCAUGGAACUACUCUGCGGGAGAUUUAAGAGACAAAAAUAGACCUAAUGAAGAGCAUCGCUUGCGGAAUUUUAAAUUCCACGAUCUCCUCGGUGCUCUCCUCCCAGGUUCUUCUACCGAACAACGACAAUGGCGUAAUAUGCUUGAUUCAAAGAACUUUCCAUGGUUAGAGGAUCAUAAGUUGGGGCCCCAGCCUGUGCUGCCUGGAACUGGCUACUUGGCGAUUGCCACUGAGGCUGCGCGGCAAUUCUUUCAUGACACUCUAAGAAUCAAAGGCCCGUUCCGAUAUUUCUUACCCAGCGUUAGCAUCACAUCUGCAUUAAACUUACCGAACUCCGGAUCACAAGUUGAGAUUGUUACCACGAUGAAAUUUGCUACAAUAAGUGCUUCGAUCACAUCAAAAACAAUUGCAGAGUUCACGAUCUCGUCCGUUCAAAACGGAAAUUGGACUAACCACUGCGUCGGAACUAUCACAAAGAAGGAGGCCACUGACAUGGCCCCAGGAAUUGAUGAAAGCAAACUUCAAGAGCCAAAGGCUGCUCGAACGUGGUAUCGCGGUUUCCAGAAGGUUUCUCUUAAUUACGGACCAGCUUUCAACGGAUUAAGUGAUAUCCGUACCAAUCCUGCUCUCAAAGAAGCCGUUGCAGAGACCGAACUCCUUCCAGCUGGUGUCUCCGAGCAUGAUUCUGCAUAUAUCGUGCAUCCCACAGCUAUGGACACCUGUAUUCAGGCCGCACUGAUUGCAGCACACAAGGGUUCCCUCAAGGGUUUAAAAAGAUCAUUUGUUCCAACAUCAAUGGCUGAUGUAUCUUUAUGGUCGUGGGGUGACGAUGAUAAUAUCGCUCAGUUGGCUCCUGGCAAAGGUAAAAUCCUUGUGCAUUCAGAAUUCUUUAGUGUCCGAGCCUUGAGCGGAUGGUGUCAACUUUUCUCUCCUGAAGGCAAGCCAUUAUUCGAGAUCAAAGAACUGUUGUGUACUCAAUAUUCAGAAGCAUUAGAUGACCUGGGAAUAAUUGAUCGUCAUCCUUACCUUCGAACCGUAUGGAAGCCCGAUGUCGAGAAGAUAACAUCUGACUUGACUGAUGAUUCUCUUCUGGAUGUCAUUGUCCACAAACGUCCUAGAUUUGAUAUCUGCGAGAUCUUGAGUACAGAAUCAACAAUUUCCGAAAAUCUUCACAAAGUCCUUGAAAGUGGUUCUUCGCUUCGUCGAUACAAGACUUAUACUAUUAUGACUCCCAAUGACGUUGAUAUUCAACCAUUCAAAACCAAGUAUGAAGCCUUCCCGGGCGUUAAUGUUGAGAAGUUAGACCUUGAAAAUGUCCCAGAGAAGUUGUUUGAUUUGGUCAUUCUGUCUCAAUCUCAUACGGACGAGGUUGAUUUGCCCAAACUCAAAAGUCUGUUGACUUCUAAUGGGAAAAUACUGCUCUACAGGCCAGGGCGCAGCAGUGAAAAUAUUAUCGAACCGGAAUUUGAAUCUGAUGGAUUCUUUACUCUUCUAAAAGAUCAAAAGUCCUUGCUGAUGAGUCCCCACCAGAAGGCCAGUCUUGACCCGGCCACAGAAGAUAUUGUACUUGUAACAAGGAACUCUCCAACAACAUUUGACUCUCAAGUAUAUUCGGGUUUGGUAAAGACCGGGAGGUCGGUCACCUCAAAGUCUCUGCAAGAUUCUAGUUUCCACGCGAAUCCGGAGGCAAGCUACGUCUUCAUCGUAGAGUCUGAGUCUAGUCUGUUCCAUGAAUCUCUGACUAGCCAAGAGCUAGCAACAAUACAGUCAAUUGCAAGUGAAGCACGAAAUAUGCUAUGGCUUACUCAUGGUAACUUGCUGGAUGGAGGUGACCCUGAUGCUGGGAUAGUCAUCGGACUGGGUCGUUGCCUCCAGACAGAGCAUCCGACUCUGACUUUCAAGACUCUUGACCUGGAUCAUCGGGAUCCUGCACAGACCGUUUCAAACAUAACAACUGUCCUGGACGCAGCUGUCGGCGGUGAUGAAGACAAAGAGUUCAUGGUCAAGAACAAUACUUUUUAUGUCAGCAGACUUUCUCAAGACCCGUCAUUGGAUGAACAGUUUGUUGCUAGAGUUGAAAGUGAGCCAAGUUCUUACAACUCGGAAUUCCUUGGUCUCGAGGGCGCUGGCGUCAUCAGAAAAAUCGGUCCUGCGGUCACAAACGUAGCAGUUGGUGACCGAGUCAGCUGGGCAGGUCUUGGAAAGUUCCGUAACAUCGAAAGAUUUGACUCCAGGUUUGUCCAAAAACUUCAGCCCAAAGAGACCUUUGAACAGAUGUCAAGUAUCAUGAUUCCAUUUGUGACUGCUGUCUACGGCCUAAUCCAUCUUGCCAAGCUUCAGCCUGGUGAGUCUGUACUAAUUCACUCUGCCACUGGAGGUGUGGGACUUGCAGCAAUCCAGAUUGCAAAAAUGAUUGGUGCAGAGAUAUUUGCUACUGUCGGAACACCGGAAAAGAAGGCAUUUUUAAUGCAAGAAUAUGGCCUUCACGAUGAUCAUAUCUUAUCAUCCAAAGAUGCAAGUUUCACAUCUGAUAUCAUGCGAAUUACUAAUGGCCGUGGAGUUGAUGUUUCCCUGAACUCACUUGUUCAUGAGCAGCUGAGAGCCACAUGGAACUCUAUAGGACAUCAUGGUCGUCAUAUUGAGGUCGGACAAACCGAUAUUCUAGACCAAGGAAUGCUGGAUAUGGGUCCGUUCAAGAGAGGCGCUUCUUUUAUUGCUAUGGAUUUGGUUCUUGUAUUCGAACAAAAGCCCGAUCUUGCGUCCCAACUUCUGAGUGAGGUCAUUCAAUACUAUCGGGGCAGCAAGAUUCAACUUCUCCCAAACAUAUCUGUAUUCCCUGCUUCUGAAGUUAGCCAGGCUUUCGAAGAAUUUGGCAUGAGGAAUAGAAUUGGAAGAGUCGUCUUUGCCGCGAAAAGGAAGUCAAUGACCUUCAAAUCAAACGGAACAUAUCUACUUGUUGGGUGUCUUGGAGGACUUGGUCGAUGCUUAGCCCGUCACAUGGUUGAAAAGGGUGCUCGCCACUUGAUUUUCCUUGGGCGAUCUGGCGAGGACCGUCCCGAAGCCGCAUCUAUGAUCAAAUAUUUCAGGGAUAAUGGAGUUGUAGUGGAUGUUGUAAAAGGGGAUGUCACAAACAUCUCCGACGUCGAAAAGGCGGUUGGUUUCUCGGCUGGUCCAAUUUUGGGUGUUAUACAAGGUGUAAUGGCUCUCGAUGAUCGGCUAUUCACCAAACACGAUCUAGAAAGCUGGGAAUACGCCGUUCGUCCCAAAGUCACGGGAACUUGGAAUCUUCACAAUGCCGUUGCCGGCCACUCCCUGGAUUUCUUCGUCAUGCUCGGUUCAUCGUCUGCUUUAUCUGGUUUCCCAACCCAGAGUAAUUAUUGCGCGGGUAACUCUUUUCUCGAAUUCUUUGCAAGAUACCGUCAAAGCAAGGGUCUACCAGCAACAACAAUCUCACUCACUGUCGUCACUGAAGUUGGGUUCGUGAGUCAAAAUGAAAGAAUUGAGGAUGGUCUAGCAAGGACUGGAGUCCAUACCAUCAACGAAGCUGGUGUUAUUGAUCUCAUUGAGACAGCUAUGAUGAAAGCGCCACCCUCAUCUUGGAACUUUGAUCCACUAGCCAACAAUCUCAUCGUCACGGGUGUUGAACCCCUUCAACUAAGUGCUAAUCUUGAUAUCGACGGCAUGCCAUUCUGGCGCCAACCACGUAUCGGACCUGUCCUCAACGCCAUUCUAGCCAAGAAAUCUGGAGAUGAAAGCGGUCCCGGUAAAGGUAAACGCAGACUUCUCUUACCAGAUAUCUUGGAGCUGGUGGUGGAGAAAUUCUCCCAGACGUUUAAUCUAGCUGUGGAAGACAUCGACCCCGACACGGCCUUGGUGAAAUUUGGCAUGGACAGUAUGAUAGGAACGAGUCUUCGUACGUGGUGUUAUAAGACUUUGGGGGCGGAUAUUGCGUCUUCGGAGUUUAUGAGCUUAGAUUUGACAGCCGACUCGUUGGCUCAGAGGAUUUAUGAUAAAGAAAUUUAA